AUGUAUUCCCUUAGCUCACAGAAAAAGUAUUGGACUUUCAAAACGGAACAGGAGUUAGCCGAACUGCGUGUGAAACAAAAUGAUCGAUUCAUUACCAAGCAUGGUGCCAGCAUGACGGAGGAACAGAAACAGGCACACUUUCUUUCCGCAGACGAGGAGCGAUUGUUGCUGAAGCAGUAUGAGUUACAGCUUAAAGAGUUUUGUAAACGUUUCGAACCUCCGAUGCCGAAAUAUGUCGUGGGAACCGCAUUUCAUUACUUUAAACGCUUUUAUCUGAACAAUUCGUCUAUGGACUACCAUCCAAAGGAAAUUUUGGCAACUUGCGUUUACUUGGCUUGCAAGGUGGAAGAAUUCAACGUAUCAAUUGCACAGUUUGUGGCUAACAUUAAGGGUGACCGAGUCAAGGCUAUGGAUAUAAUUCUAUCGAACGAGCUAUUGCUAAUGCAGGAGUUAAACUACUAUCUCACGAUCCACAACCCGAUGAGGCCGAUAGAGGGAUUUCUCAUCGACAUAAAGACACGAUGCAAUAUGAGCAAUCCCGAUCGUUUGCGACCUGGUAUAGAAGAUUUCAUUGAUAAAACGUUCCUUACCGAUGCGCCACUGAUGUACGCACCAUCACAGAUAGCACUUGCCGCCGUCCUACAUGCCGCUAGUAAAGAGCAGGAAAAUUUAGAUAGUUACGUUACGGAAUCGCUGUUUGGGUCCGCCAAAGAUAAGCUACCCGUACUCAUCGAAGCCGUACGAAGAGUUCGUUCUAUGGUGCGGACCAUCGAACUACCGCCGAAGGAUCGUGUACGAUUUCUGGAGAAAAAGCUCGAAAAAUGUCGAAAUCAGGAGAAUAAUCCCGACAGCCAGAUCUACAAACAGCGAAUGAAGAAAAUGUACGAAGACGAGGAUGAUUUAGAUGUGAUGGGCUCUUCGUAUCAUAUGAACGUUUCAGAUGCUAAUCUAGAUGUGUCGCAGCUAAACACGACAAAUCCAGCAAACAUGACUAUCGAUUAG